AUGGUUCACCAGACUUAUUCAGCCGCUCCUCAGCCUGACCAUGAGGUCGUUUUUAUCCUCUACCCGGCAGCUUCCAAAUCGCUACACGCGUUGACGCGUAACCCUAAGGUGCCCGGGCUGGAAGUGAUCGGCGCGAUUUCAGUCAUCGUCAGUAUCAUCGACGCCUCAAUCAAGGUCUACGACGGCGCACAGAAAGACGUAAAGCUGCCAGACACGUUCCACGUCGGGGGGGGGCGCCGCCUCUCCUUCCUCCGCGACACCCUCGAGACAUGUAAGAGCCACCUGCAACCGAUCCAAGAUUCUUUGUCUACGGACGUUUAUAAGGCGUUGGAGAAGACGCUGGAGGGAUGCGAUGAAAGAGCGGGAAAUCUAAGAUAA